AUGCCGAUCGUACACAUUGUCUUGUUCAAAUUCAAGGAAGGCACCGAUCCGACGGUGGUUAAGGAUAUAUGCGAUCGUAUGAUUGGACUCAAGAACACUUGCAUCCAUCCCGAUACACAGAAGCCGUACAUGCGCUCAUACGGAGGAGGAAAGAACAACAGCCCAGAGAAUGCUGCACAUGGCCUCCAGUAUGGGUUUGUCUCAGAGUUUGACUCGGAGACCGACAGAGACUACUACUUGAACAAGGACCCAUCUCAUCUCAAGUUUGUAGAAGACGUGGGCAAGAUUGUCGACAUGGCUACCGUGUUUGAUUACGAGCCCGGUGUACUGUGA